AUGGAGCUUCUUCCGCAAGGACAAAAGAACACGACGGAAGUGUUAUGGGAAGAUCAACAGAAAAUUAACAAAUUUUCAUCUCUCAUAAACCAGAAAGACUCCCUCACAGAUCAGCUUAAGAGUCUCCAAUCGGAAAAGGAAUAUAUUGAUGAUCUUGCUCUAGAGAUUGAGCUCUUAGACGAAGAUGAGAAAAUACAAUACAGAAUCGGCGAUUCCUUUGUGUUUGUGACUGUCACGCGAGCUGUUGACAUGAUUGAGGCAGAAAAUGAGCUGUUGGACGGCAAGAUCAAUUCACUCUCCGAGAAAAUUGAAGGAAUUGACUCGCAGCUAGCGCUUUUAAAAGCCCACUUGUAUGGAAAGUUUGGAAACAAUAUCAAUCUUGAAAGAGAUUAA